AUGAGUACAAUUAAAUUAGCUGAAAUUCUUAUAUUUACAGCUAUGGGUAUUUCAUUACUACAUAGCAUUCCAUUUUGUGUUUACAUGGAAAUUCAAGAUUCUUUCUGUAGUAUUUUCAAUCCAAUGAUGUCUCGAUAUUUAUCUUGUUUUUAUUAUCCAAUUCUAUCUGGAAUUCUACCUAUUUUUAUUGCAUCAUUAUUUAGUAUCUUAGCAUAUCGUAAUGUUCGACGAAUAGUUCGACUACAAAUGCCAAUAGUUCAUCGACGACUUGAUCAACAAUUGACAGCAAUGGUUCUUGCCCGUAUUAUUGGAUUCAUUAUUUUAACAUUACCUUAUGCUGUUCAAAGAAUGUAUACAUAUCUUCCAAAGGUUGGUAAAUCAGAUCUUUUUCGAAUUGCAAUUGGUAACCUAGUAGGAAGAAUUGUAAGUUCAUUUUUCGAUCUAAAUUAUGCGGCAUCUUUUUAUAUAUUUAUGGCAUCUUCAUUGCGAUUUCGUCGUCAGAUAAAAAAUGUUUUGGUAAAAAAAUUUUGGCGACGAUGGAAACAAUGGCCUUGUAAUAAACAUCAAAUUUAUCCAAUUGUGUAG